AUGUUUGACACUGCGUCUAUCAUCUCUCAUCAGAAGAGGACACCAACAGCGUCUUUUUCAGGCCUCUUGAUCAGAUCCUUUUCACUAUCAGGUCACAGCGGUCUGGGCAAGUCAACUCUGGUGAACACCUUAUUUAAGUCGCAGGUGAGCAGGAGGAGUGCUGGAUGGUCCCGUGAUGACAAGAUCCCCAAAACUGUCGAGAUUAAAUCUGUGUCUCACGUUAUUGAGGAGGGCGGCGUGAAAAUGAAGCUGACUGUUGUCGACACCCCGGGCUUUGGGGAUCUAAUCAAUAAUGACAACUGCUGGGAGCCCAUUUGCAAGUACAUCAAUGAGCAGUAUGAGAAGUUCCUCAGAGAGGAGGUGAAUAUCACCAGAAAGAAGCGCAUCCCAGAUACCAGAGUGCACUGCUGUCUCUAUUUCAUCUCCCCGACUGGACACUCGUAUUAUUGCCAAAUGUGUGGCUUUACAUUGGCUUGUUCUCCCUGCUUUGUGAUGCAGGUGAAAAAAGAACUGGAGAUGAACGGCAUCGAGUUUUACCCGCAGAAAGAGUUUGACGAGGAUAUGGAGGACAAGAGCGACAACGACAAGAUCAGGGAGGCGAUGCCCUUUGCUGUGGUGGGCAGCGACAAAGAAUAUCAAGUGAAUGGCAAGCGGGUUUUGGGGAGGAAGACCGCAUGGGGAGUUGUCGAAGUUGAAAAUAUGACUCAUUGUGAGUUUGCCCAGCUGAGAGACUUCAUCAUCAGGUCUCAUUUGCAGGAUCUGAAGGAGGUGACUCAUAACAUUCACUACGAAACAUACCGUGCCAAAAGACUCCAUGAGAAUGGAGGCCUGCACCCCGUUGACACCCAGGAAAGCAACCUGUAAUCAGUCAGUGUUGUCGUACAACUUCGGUGAUGCCGACAGAUAUGCUCGACAUUAUAUGCUCAUGACUGGCAUCACUGCAUGCUUGAAACACACUUCAAUGUGUACAUAUCAGUGUCAUUUAAUUGUUCAUUUUUCGAUAACCACCCCUUGCUUGUCAAAGUAAGUCAAUAUUUGGGUGUACCACCCAUUGUCUUGGUGCCAUGAUACAAAAGACUGCCAAUGCUGGGACGAUGUUUGUGGGUUAGACGGAGCUGAGGAGGAGUCCCAGCGAGUUUGUUAAAGAUUUGUCUUUAUUUUGGGUUUAGUACAUACUGUAGGUGUUGUAACUGAUGGACGUAUAGGCUCGUUUGAUUAAUCACAAUUGUCAUUCAUGUGUGUCUCGCAUAGAAAAACUAAAUCUAAUUUAUCAUUGUUUUAUUUCAAAACAGUUUACAGGUACAAAACUGCAGUUUAACAUAUGUAAGCUAUCCAGACAAAUCAACAAGAAGAGCACAAAUGUGUGCCAGGGUUACAUAACAACAGCAUAAUGUUUAACUCCUUCUAAGAGGUGUUUAGCACCCAACUGGCACGAGAUGAUGCCUAUUUAUUUCAUUUAAAGCCUACCUGUAUGUAGCAGAAAAAGACCAAUGGUGAAGUCAUUCACUUGACAUACUCAUCUCUACCACUUGGUGGCAGCACUCUUCUCCAUGAUAUCUCUGGAUUGUCGCAAGAAAUUUCGCAAGGUUUUUGUUUGUAGGGUGGCGGGGGCGGGGUCGUUUUUGCCUGUAGUUUUUGUUUAGAAAUAAGUCCAGAAGGUCAUAAUUUAUCAUUAUUAAGUUAUACUAAACCAUAUAUCGCUUGGGGUUCAGAAGUAUGACUCAACGUGAUUUCUCACUCCGUUACCGGUAAGUGUUCUUGCUGUGAGUACACAAAUGUGCCAAAAAUUACAGGCACUUUUUUCAAUCUGGUUCUUUUUUUUUUUUUUUUAAUGAAUCAUUGUUUUAUACAAACGUGCACAUUUAUGUGAUUUUGAUUUGAGAUACGAGAUGUGUGAUGCAAAUUAGACACAGGUGUUUGUAAUUUUGGUGAGGUCGGGAGAAAUGUCAGGAAACUGUGUGACGUCACUUCUUUGUCUGGUCUGUUCGCUUGUGCAUGCUUGAAUCUAAAUGGUCUGUGCGCCCAAAGCCAAUCACUGCACACUGUUUCAGUAACUAUUUCGGAACAUGUUAUAUUUGAAUACAGGAAGUGGGGUGAAGCACUGCAGUCUACAAAGUUGGCAGUCGACGAUCAGACAGAUUGCUCAUCCUUUGUGAUUUCUAACCAUAACUUCUCAAAAUUGCUGCAAAUUAUUGAGAUACAAUAUAUUUUACAGCAUUUUUUGUCUUAUUUAUUUAAUAAAUGUACAUUCCCAUGGAAAUAUUUUCAUUUGAAUAUUUUUAGUGAGUCUUUACACCACAUUGAGAGAUCCAAGGUUUGAAUCUUGGCUAAAACCCUCAUGUGUGGAUUUCCUCCAUGUCCUCUGGCUUCUUUCCACGUUCCAAAAAGAAUGUUAGGCUCAAAGAGGAACUCAAUUGAAUCAUUGUUUGUUCUUUUGCAAUCUUUAAUCUGCGAUAUUAUAUUCUGUCAAACUGACUCAAUAAUUUACCAAUUCAUUGGAUGUUUACAUCCUGUUUGGAUCACAGAUUUUGGGCCAAUGGCCAAGAUUUAUGAUUUGGCAAAGGGAAUGUUUUUCCAUGGCAAGGCUGCGUUCUGAUCUUACCUACUGAAGGCAGCUAACGAAGAACCACAAACAAUGGAGUGCACUUAUAUAGCGCUUUAUCUGUUCUACACCAUAUGGUGUCCAAACAAGCAGCAAGCGAAGGACUGGCAUAGCAUCGGAAAGUAAGAAACUCUGAAUUUGCCAUAUUUUUGUGGAGUCUUUUAAAAACGAAAGCUCAAAGUCUACAAGUCAAUCUCUUCUUGUACGUGGUGAUAUAUGAAGGGAAAAAUGGCAAAUACUGUACACCUCGUAUGUUCUGUUCAUAAUUCUGGUCCUAACUUCAGUUAGUCACUAGCCAUGCAGACUACUUUACAAUAAAUGAUACACAAA